ACGUUUGAUCCGAUUGCCCCGGAUUUUUGUUGUAAUGAUUUUCGACAUGAAAGACGUAUACAUGGAGCUGGUCAAAGUGUCCACACCCUUGUACAUCCCCACAUCACCGACAUGACUUCAAGAGGCAUCCCGCUGGAUACGGUUGCUAUAAUGUCAACAGCGCUGGAAAGCAUUUUAUACGGGUUCUCGGUCCUCAUGUUUAUGGGUACCAUCUGGGUUCUAACCUACAAACGUCGCAUGCGGGACGUCAAUCGCCUAAGCGCUGCAGUAUCCAUCCUGCUGUUGCUACUGAGUACAGCACACGUAGUCGUAGACAUCAUUCGUCUUGAUUAUGGAUUGGUGAAGUAUCGUGACACGUUCCCAGCCGGGCCAUCAGCGUUUUUCGCAGAUGUUGCCGAGCAAACGUAUAUGAUCAAGAAUGCGAUAUACAUAUUGCACACUCUACUUGGUGAUGGAGUUGUGAUAUAUCGUUGCUAUAUUGUUUGGCAAUCUAUCCGAAUCAUCAUCCUACCAAGUAUGCUGUGGUGCUGUGGCGCAUUGACUGGUUUUUCUGCAGUCUACAGCGUUUCGCAAGCCACUAGUGACGCCGGAAACAUCUUCACAAAAGCGACUGGACAGUCUUUCUUUGCCUUGACACUUUCAACCAAUUUAAUAAGUUCAGGGUUACUUGCAUAUCGUAUCUGGACGGUCGAACGCAAUGUCUCCACAUUACGCACUUCGAACAGGACUUUGACGCCCAUAUUGCGCGUGCUUGUGGAUGCCGCUAUUUUGUAUUCUGUGGUGCUCUUCCCCACACUUAUUUGUUUCGUCCGUUCGAACAAUGGGCAGUAUGUUAUGCUGGACAUGCUCGUGCCGAUCAUCUCAAUUGCCUUCUACAUGGUGCUUAUUCGCGUCGCCAUCAGUCAAAAUACAAAUACUUCCAGUUACCUCUCGGCUGUCCAUGGAGAGAUAUCCGGUGGAAUGGUACGAGGAGACUCGCGACAAUAUCCUAUGGAGCCUUUGCAGGUUCAUAUAUCCCAGUUUACGCACAAUGAUGGUACCUCGAUACACAGCAUACGGAACCAUGACCUACCAUCAACACACAAGGUGGAGUGUGUAGAAGACGCAUCUUCAGGUCGUGACGUGUAAUCUGUUGUAAUAUUCAUCAUGUUUUUUCUGGCAGAUUGU